AUGUCAAGCUGUGCAGGGAGAUGUGGGGCAGGGUAUUCUAGGAAGCAUAACUGCCAAUGUGAUAAUAACUGCUACCUCUACAUGGAGUGCUGCCCAGAUUACAAGAGACUCUGCAUUGCAGAAGUCACCUGUAAAGGUCGUUGCUCUGAGGGCUUUGUAAGAGGGAGACCAUGUGACUGUGAUCCAGACUGUCCAUUAUAUGGCAAGUGCUGCCCAGACUUCGAACAGGCCUGUCUAGGAGUCCAAACUACCGCAACCUCACCUUCUACUACCACCGCCCCAAUGACUAAACCGUCCACAGCUAUGAAACCGAAAGCAGGUCCUCCAGCUACUAAGUCAACAACCAAACGUUCACCGAAACCUAAACUCAAACCCAAACCCAAGCUGAAACCCAAACCCAAACCUAAGCCAUUAAAGAAGAAAAAGAAGCAAAAGAAAGUAUCCCAUGAAAUUAUGGAAGAACGUUCUAAGAAGAUGUCCUCCUCCUCCUCCUCAUCUUCUUCAAAAAUUCGGAGAACUAUGGCUACAUCAAGCAACGCCAGUGAAAAGGACAAGAAGAAAAAUGAGAAAAACAAUGAGAAAAUAAAAGAACAAUUGAAAGCUAAAAAAUCAUCAAAGUUAUCAUCAAAGACUUCAAAAACCAAAGCGAUAAAAGUGAUUUCUGAGGAAGAUGGCAGUGGGUUAGACAAUGCAGUAACAACAGCCGUUACCACAACUAUAACCAGUCAGCCUUCUACCAUGUCCACAACGAGUCAGCCUUCUACCACAAGCACAACACAACUUCCUUCUACUACAGUCACGACAAAGUUGCCUUCUACUACAGCCACGACAAAAUUGCCUUCUACUACAACCACGACAAAGUUGCCUUCUACUACAACCACGACAAGGCUACCUACUACCACAGCAAGACCAUCUACUACUGCAACCACAACGAGGCCACUUACUACAAUGACCUCCAUGACAACACCUACAACUAUGACUACAAAGAUGGCUACUACUAUGACCACCACAACAACACCUACUACUAUGACAACAAUGAUGUCACCUACAACGACUAGUCAGCCUUCUACAACUACAAAGCAACCUAAUACGGAGCAUAUAACCAAAGGAAAUCAAGGUACUGCAACAACUCCUUUAUCUGAAGAUCAUGUUAGCCAGAUCCCUCCUUCCCAGUCUGAAAAAGCGACAACAUCCUUCACAAUUAUUACUACAAAACCAUUAAGGCCAAACAGUAGCUCAUCACCUAGCUCUCUUUCAAGCAUCAGUGAUGUUUUGACAUUGUCUACCAUAGCUAGUGUCACUGUGGGCCAAGACACAAGUACUGCUGGUAUGAAAGCCACAACCUCUAUAGCUAAAGGCACAACAACAAUAGCCAAAAGAGAUACCACUACUGUAGCUAUGGAAGCAAUAUCAGCAACUGAUAAGGACACAACCAGUGCAGACAACCAGAUUUCAACCACAACAAACAAGAAUGAUGCAGCAUCUGAAAGUGAUAAAACAGAUACCACCACUGCAAAUAAAGAGAGUGUAGUCACAAAUAUUAAAGAUACAACUAGAAACGCAGACACUACUACUACAACAAUAGCAAGCAUUACAUCAACAGAGACUCUAAUAACUCAUAAAUCAGAUGGAACUAGUUCAGGUACUGUCUCCAUAGUAACUGAAAGAACCACAGAUAAUAAAGACACAACGACACCACGCAAUGAAGACACUACUGCUGCUGCUGGAAAGAGUGUAACAACAGAUAAAACUAGUGAAAGUGAAACAGCAGCAGGAAGUCAAACAGUAACAAGUUCUUCAAAUACAUAUUCCUCGAUAUCAGCCAGUGAAGAGGUUGUUGUUAUAAAUACAAAAGUGACAACUACUGCUGAUAAAGACAUAACAACCACAGAGAGAACAGAAUCUAUGAGUGAGGAGCUGAUAACAGCCAGUAGCACUGUUGAAGCCAAAGACACAACUACUGCUGACAAAAAACCAGCAACUACACCUUUCACAGACACAGCUACAACUACAGAAAAAGAAACUGCCAUAGGUAAUAAAGAGACAACAACAGUUGGUGAAAAUGAGACACCUAUUUCUGUAAAAGAGACAACUGCAGUAGAUAAUCAAGAAACAACAAACUCUAAAGAGAUACCCAGUACCAGUAAAGAGAUCACUACAGUGAUCAAAGAAAGAAUUACUCCUGGUGAACUGAGAACUUCAGAAAAUGAAGAUUCAGGUACAACAACUGCUCUUACAGAAGGGGUGUCGACUACAGAGCUGACAACUUUAGUGGACAACUCUAAGAAAGACACUGUUCCACCAUCAGGUACGAACACUGGAGAUACUACAAAUACAAUAGAAUCAGGAAUUACUUCUGGGACCAUUGGACACCCUGCUCUAAUUCAGACACCAACUAAUGAGCCAGAGCAGCUUAUAACUCAAGACAACCCAGUUCUCACGCCACUUAUGACAGUUUCAGACAAUCCUCAAGAAACCACUAAAAAUGUUAAGUCUCCCAAACCAGAUAGUCCUCAAUACCAACAAACAGACUUUCCCUCAACUCCUUUAUCUCUGUUCACAAGUUCUCCUCAGCCUGGAAGUGAUUAUGGGAGUGUCAGGACAGAACGGAGUGUUACUGUCACAGAGUCAGCAACACCACAGACUGAUCCAACAAGUGACACAGCUAAACCAAGUACCGGUAAUAUAAAUGGCACACCAGCAAGUAGUACUAGAAGCACAGAGGCAGCAGUAACACAAACUGAUGCAACAAGUGACAGUGAUAAAGUUACUAGUGAUGACAAAAAUGACAUAACCAGAAGCGGUACAACAGUCACCGAGACAGCUAUAACACAGACUGAUCCAGUAAAUGUCACACCCAUUCUUGCUGGUGGUAAUAUAAAUGACAGGCCAGAUGGGACAACUGCAGUUCUUCAGGCAGUAACACAGACAGAUCUAACAAGAGGCACAUCUAACCCCAAUACCAAUAUUAAACAUGACAACACAGAAGAUACACCUACAGUCACAGAAACAAUAACACAGGUUGAUCCUUCAAGUAAAAUACCUAUCCCUGAUGUUAAAGAUGAAAGUAAUACUACUCCCACAGGAAGAACAAUAAGGCAGACAGAUCCAACAAAUGACUUAGUAAAUCCUGAUGAUAAUGGUAAGAAUGACAAACCAGACAGUACUGCUACAAUCACUGAGAUAACAAAACCACAGACAGAUCUAGGAUACACAGCCAAUCCUGAUGGUAAUGAUAAAAGUGGCAAGCCAGAAGGGACUACUACUGGCACAGAGACGACGACGACAACAACAACAACAACACAAACAGAUCCAGUAAAUGGCACACCUGUUCUUAUGGGGGAUGAUAAAGAUGUUAAACCAGAAGGCACUACUACAAAUAGAGAGAUAGUGACCGAUCCCUCAAAUGACUCACCUACUCCUGAUAGUAAUGAUAAAAACGAUAAACCAGAAAUAAGCACUACGGGGACUGAGACGAUAACACAGCCACAGACUGGCUCCAAAAGUGACACAUUCAUCCCUGAUGAUAAACUGGAAGGAACCACUUCAGUCAGAGAAUCAGUAACACAGAGUGAUCCUUCAAGUGACCGAAUCAGUUUUAAUAGUGACAAAUCAGAAAGGACUACUACAUUCAUAGAGACAAUAACACCUAAACCACAAGGGAUUACUACAGUUGGAGAGACCACGAUAACACAAACUGAUCCAGUAAAUGGCACACCUGUUCCUGCUAGUGAUGAUAAAAAUGAUAGACCAGAAGGAACCAGGCCAGUCAGAGAAACAGUAACAACACAAACUGGUCCCUCAAGCAGUCAACCCAUUCCUACUGGUGAUAAUAGUAAUGACAACCCAGAAGGUACUACUACAGUCAGAGAGACGGUAACAACAGAACCAGAAGGGACUACUACAGUUAGGGAUACCACAGUUACACAGACUGAUCCAGUAAAUGGCAUGCCCAUCCCUGCUGGUGAUGAUAAAAAUGAUAAUCCAGAAGGAACCAGGCCAGUCAGAGAGACAAUAACAACACAAAUUGAUCACUCAAGUGGCCAACCCAACCCUACUGGUGAUGAUAAUAUUGACAAACCAGAAGGUACUUCUGUGGUCAGAGAGACAAUAACAACAGAACCAGAAGGGACUACUACAGUGAGAGAGACCACAAUUACACAGACUGAUCCAGUAAAUGGCACACCCAUCCCUGCUGGUGAUGAUAAAAAUGAUAAACCAGAAGGAACCAGGCCAGUCAGAGAGACAAUAACAACACAAACUGAUCCCUCACGUGGCCAGCCCAUUCCUACUGAUAAUGACAAACCAGACGGUACUACUACAGUCAGAGAGACAAUAACAACAGAACCAGAAGGGACUACAGUGAGAGAGACCACAGUUACACAGACUGAUCCAAUAAACGGCACACCCAUCCCUGAUAUUGAUGAAAAAAAUGAUAAUCCAGAAGGAACUAGGCCAGUCAGGGAGACAAUAACAACACAAACUGAUCCCUCAAGCAGUCAAACCAACCCAACUGGUGAUGAUAUUAAUGACAAACCAGAAGGUACUACUACAGUUAGAAAGGCAGUAACACCAGAACCAGAAGGGACUACUGCAGUGAGAGAGACUACAGUUACGCAGAUUGAUCCAAUAAAUGGCACACCCAUCCUUACUGGUGAUGAAAACGAUAAACCAGAAGGAACCAGGCCAGCCAGAGAGACAAUAAUAACACAAACUGAUCCCUCACGUGGCCCGCCCAUUCCUACUGAUAAUGACAAACCAGAUGGUACUACUACAGUCAGAGAGACAAUAACAACAGAACCAGAAGGGACUACUACAGUGAGAGAGACCACAGUUACACAGACUGAUCCAAUAAACGACACACCCAUCCCUACUGGUGAUGAAAACGAUAAACCAGAAGGAACCAGGCCAGUCAGAGAGACAAUAACAACACAAACUGAUCCCUCACGUGGCCCGCCCAUUCCUACUGAUAAUGACAAACCAGACGGUACUACUACAGUCAGAGAGACAAUAACAACAGAACCAGAAGGGACUACUACAGUGAGAGAGACCACAGUUAUGCAGACUGAUCCAAUAAACGGCACACCCAUCCCUGAUAUUGAUGAAAAAAUUGAUAAUCCAGAAGGAACCAGGCCAGUCAGGGAGACAAUAAUAACACAAACUGAUCCCUCAAGUAGCCAACCCAUUCCUACUGAUAAUGACAAACCAGAAGGUACUGUUAAAGUUAGAGACACAGUAACACCAGAACCAGAAGGGACUACUACACUCAGAGAGACGACAGUCACAAAGACUGAUCCAAUAAAUAGAACACCCAUCCCUACUGGAGAUGAAAAUGAUAAACCAGAAGGAACCAGGCCAGUCAGGGAGACAAUAAUAACACAAACUGAUCCCUCAAGUGGCCAACUCGUCCCUACUGAUAAAGACAAACCAGAAGGUACUAUUAAAGUUAGAGAGACAGUAACACCAGAACCAGAAGGGACUACUACACUCAGAGAGACGACAGUCACACAGACUGAUCCAGUAAAUGGCGCACCGAUCCCUAUUGUUGAUGAUAAAAAUGAUAAACCUGAAGAAACCACUCCUGUCAGAGAGACAAUAAUAACACAGACUUAUCCCUCAAAUGGUCAACCUAUCCCUACUCCUGAUGAUAAAAAUGACAACCCAGAAGGUACUACUACAGUCAGAGAGACAGUAACAAAACAAUCUGAUCCUGUAAAUGGCAUACCAAUCCCUGAUAAUGAACCAGAAGGAAAAAAUCCAGCCAGAGAGACAAUAAUAACACAGACUGACCCCUCAAGUCGCCAACUGCGCCCUACCAAUGGUGAUAAAAAUGACACACCAGAGAAGACUACUACUGUCAGGGCAACAAAAAUAACACAGUCUGAUCCAGUAAAUGGCACACCCAUCCCCGUUGAUGAUAACAGGGAUAAACCUCUAGGAACCAAUCCAGUUAGGGAGAUGAUCAUUACACAGACUAAUCCUUCAAAUGGUCAAACUAGCCCUGCUGGUGUUGAUAAAAAUGAUAGACCAGAAGAAACCACUCCAACCAGAGAAAAAAUAACAACAGAGACCAUUCUCUCAAGAGGCCAACCCAGCCCUACUGGUGAUGAUAAAAAUGACAAACCUGAAAGAACUACUAUAGUCAGAGAGAUAAUAGCACCACAGAUUGAUCCAGUAAACGGCACACCCAUUCCUACUAAUGAUGAUAAAAACAGUAGACCAAAAGAGACUACUCCAUUCAGAGAGACAAUAAUAACACAGACUAAUCCACCAAGUGGCCAACCCAGCCCUACUACUGAUGAUAAAAAUGACAAACCAGAAAGGACUACUAUAAUCAGAGAGAGAAUAACAACACAAUUUGAUUCAAACAGUCCUAAUGGUGGUGAGGAAAGCAAACCACCAAAAAAUCCUGAGAUCCCAGAAAGACCACCACAGUCUAAAUCACCAAAUGAUGAACCCAGUCCCAAUGGUGCUAGUAAAGUUAACCCACCACUUGUUACAUCCAAAGUUACAGAGACAACAACAAUAAUUACACAGUCUAACUCACCAAAUGAUAGACCAAAACCUGAUAAGCCAGAUCGCACAACUGAAGUCACACAAACUACUACCAUUGUCAAAAAAGAACCUGAUCCAAUAAGCAAUCCCCCUAAUCCUGAUGAACUUGGCAAACCAGGCAGCAUUACCAAGGUCACCAAAACUUCUACAACUAUCACAACGGAAUCAAAUCCUAGCUCACGUAACCCAAAUGGCAAUGACAAAAAGGUCAAGCCAGAAGUUACCACUAAAAUUACUCGGAUAACAACUGCUACUACUUCUUCAAGCACCGACCCAUUGAAUAGACCUGACUAUCCAGCACGUAGUGUUAAUACAAAAAUUGAUCUUUUUUCAGAUACAGAACCCACCAAGAAAACUCCUGCUAACAAGAGUACAAAUACUACAAUAACAAAGGUGACUACAUCUUUGAUUACAUCAAAAUCUCCCAACACGCCAACUUCUACAGUUGACAAGACCACACAGUAUACCUCAACUUUCCCAGCCACUCUUGUAACUACGAAAAGAAGACGAGUGACAUAUUACCCUACUCCAAGGUACUCUACAACUUAUACAGCUAGACAUCCUGAGAGGAUUACCAACAUAACCAGAGAAUAUAUUCGAGAGGAGAAAAUAGUCACACCGGUAUUAUACAAAGAUGUGCCUGAAGAGAUGAACUUGUGUAAUGGAAAGCCUGCAGACGGGAUUGUCCCUUUACAAAACGGAUCUUUAGCUGUGUUCAGAGGUCAUUACUACUGGUUGCUGAAUGGAAAUAGCUCACCUUCUCCUAACCCUCGUAAAAUUACCGAGGUGUGGGGUAUUCCAUCUCCCAUCAAUACAGUCUUCUCUAGAUGUAAUUGUGAUGGCAAAACCUUUUUUAUCAAGGAUUCUCAGUAUUGGCGCUUCACCAAUGACCUGAUGGAUACUGGCUAUCCCAAGCAAAUUUUAAAAGGAUUUGGAGGAUUAAAUGGGAAAAUAGUAGCAGCUCUCUCUGUGGCUAAACACAACAGCAGGCCAGAAUCUGUGUAUUUCUUCAAAAAAGGGGGCAAUGUUCAACAGUAUACCUACAAGCAAGAAAGUGCUAAGAAGUGCAAGAAGAAAAUUGUGACUGUGAAAUACCCAGCUUAUAAACCAAACACUGUGAUCAGGAGGCGUCGGCGACGCUUUGAACGUGCAGUCAGGCCUCACCAGAUAUUCCGCACCGUGAGAAUCAAGCAUUACCCCGUUGUUCAGAUCAGCCAUCAACCCACAGGAGUGCUGCACCAGGAAGUCAAAGUCAGAUCAUACUGGAGGGGAUUUCCAAAAGAAGUUAAUUCUGUUAUCUCAAUACCUAGUGACCAGAAGCCAGAUGGCUAUGAUUACUAUGCUUUUUCUAAAGAUCAAUACUACAAUGUGGAUGUGGGCAGCCGAGUAGCGAGACCUGUCACAUUACAGACUGGGCAAACAGUGUCCAAGGCAUGGUACAAGUGUCCUUCAGAGUGAUUUGGAA